AGAUUCAUUGUUUACUGCCUGUCGUUUCCUGUGAGAAAUGUCGACACAACCCUUGGUAGACUGGGACAGUGGAUUCUGUGAUUGCUUUGAGGACGCAAGUACCUGUUGCUAUGGCUUCUGGUGCUGCCCAUUUCUUGCCAGCACGGUUUCGGGACAAUUUGGAGAGAAUCGUUGUCUCCCACUAUGUGACGUGUGCAGCCCGGUCGUGUUAGCAGCCUGUGGGAUACCUCUGUUUGUGCCUCCUGCCGUCCUGACUAUGAGGGUUGCCAUGCGAAACAAAUAUGGGAUCAAGGGAUCUAUCUGUAAGGACUUUGCCAUUUCCUGUUGCUGCGCAUGGUGCUCCUGGUGUCAGAUGCAUCGUGAGAUAAAGCAUCGCAAAAAGGCUCCUGUUGUUGUCACUGUGCAGCAACCAACUGUUUUGCAAAUGCAGCCCGCUCCAGUAAUGAUGGCUGCUUACCCUCCCCAAGCCGGCUUCGUGAACUAUCCAGGGACAGUUACUAUCUCAAACUGAGCUUUGUGGCCUCAUUAGUCUGGUGUGUUUUCAUAGCUUAGAUAAGGUUGAUUAUUUA